AUGACUGAUCCCAAACCCUGCCACCGGGUCAUUAGCUCUAAGCAACUUGCACUGGCCCGUCGAGCGUAUUCCAUACAGUCGGAGACUCUUCACAUCCCAGACCGCUGGGGACUUUUCUCUGCCGGCCCACCUCCACAACAGGUAUCUGAGAUCAGAGAGCUAUACUCAACACUGAUCAUCUCUUGUUUUGCCUACGCCAUCCUAGCAUUCAAACUAUAUAAUGCAUUGCGUUUCGGAGACAAUUUGGGCUAUUUCUUUGAGACAUUUUUUCGGUUCAACCUCAUGCUAUUGACGCUUCUGGGAAUAGAUUACAAGCUCAGUGGUGCGCAUCGCAACGAUCCCAACUACGACUGGGGAACUUGGGAAAUAGAUGAUGAUAAAUCAUAUAUGCCUCCGGAAGCGUGGGGAACCAUUGUGGUGGUCCUUAUCAUGUUGUUUGCUAAUACGUAUCUUCGAAUUCCCGAGGUUAUGGUCGAGAGAUGGUUCUCUUGA